GGAGGGAGACAUGAUAAAAUGGAGAGACUGAACCUUAACACCAAAUGGUUCUCUACGGUUGCCAGCAUAUGGAUCCAGUGCACCAGUGGCUCUCUCUACACCUUCUCCAUCUAUUCUCCUACUCUUAAGUCUACCCAAAGCUAUGAUCAAUCAACGCUCGAUACUGUCUCUGUUUUCAAGGACAUCGGCGCCAACUGCGGCGUCCUCUCUGGUGUUCUUUACACCAAAGCCACCAGCCAUCACCACCACCAACGCACUUCGACAAUUUCUAGUGGGCCAUGGGUGGUCCUCCUGGUUGGCGCCAUACAGUGCUUCGCCGGGUAUUUCCUCAUGUGGGCUGCUGUCAGCGGAUUAAUUCGGCCACCGCCGGUUGUGGUAAUGUGUUUGUUCAUGUUUGUGGCGGCGCAUGCCCAAAGUUUCUUUAAUACCGCUAACGUCGUCACGUCCGUGCGGAAUUUCCCCAGCUAUAGUGGCACUGCUGUUGGCAUCAUGAAGGGAUUUCUUGGUUUAAGUGGAGCGAUAUUAGUACAAGUAUAUCAAACGCUAUUCAACAACAGACCCACCUCGUAUCUCCUGAUGUUGGCACUUUUGCCCAGCAUCAAUCCGAUGAUACAAAUGUGGUUCGUCAGAAUUCACAGUGUGAGUGAAGGAGACGAGAAGAAGUACCUUGACAGUUUCUCAGUGGUUUCAUUGGUUCUGGCUGCUUACCUUAUGAUCAUUAUAAUAUUGGAACAUGUCUUUAGUUUCCAAUUUUCAAUGCGUGUGGUUGCGUUUAUCCUGCUCAUGUUGUUGCUUGUGUCGCCUAUUUUCGUUGCAAUCAAAACCAGGGAAAAGAAUUCUGAUAUUAUUUCUGAGAGGAAUCAAUUAGUGGAUGAAUCUAAGAUGCUUGCAAGGCAUGGUCCUAGUGGGUAUCGAAGUUUGCCUGAUGACCCUGAAGGUAGCAGUUGUUUGCAAAAUGACCAAGAUCUGAAUCUAUUGCAAGCUGCCUGUACGGUGGAUUUCUGGAUUUUGUUUCUUGCCAUGGCUUGUGGUAUGGGCUCAGGACUUGCCACAGUCAAUAAUUUGAGCCAGGUAGGAGGAUCUCUUGGUUAUGCAAGUUUUGAAACUAAUACCUUAGUUUCUUUGUGGAGCAUUUGGAACUUUCUUGGCCGAUUUGGAGCUGGAUAUAUAUCUGAUCAGUUCUUACGCUCUAGAGGCUGGUCAAGGCCAUUGUUCAUGGUCAUCACUCUUGCAGGUAUGACCAUUGGUCAUUUGGUGAUUGCUUCUGGUUUACCUGGUGCUCUCUAUGCUGGGUCAGUUUUGGUGGGUGUUUGUUAUGGUUCUCAGUGGUCACUGAUGCCCACAAUUGCUUCAGAGAUAUUUGGGGUGGGACAUAUGGGCACCAUAUUCAAUACCAUCACCAUUGCUAGUCCUGUUGGAUCCUACAUAUUUUCUGUGAGAGUGGUUGGUUAUAUAUAUGACAGGGAAUCAUCAGGGGAAGGGAUCACAUGCACUGGAACUCAUUGUAUCAUGUUAUCAUUUCUGAUAAUGGCAUCGGCUACAUUUCUGGGGGCUCUUGCUGCCUUGGGCUUGUUCUUGCGGACAAAAGGUUUUUAUAAUCGGAUCGUGCUCGUAAGUUUACAACAUUCCAUGACAGGAAGACCAUAACAUGUAAUGAGAAUUAAAGAUGGAUGGAAGAUGAAAUUAAAAAGCAACAUGCUUGAUGCUAUAGCUGUAGGAGGGAGAAAAAAAAAAAGGUUUCUUUUGCGAAGAUGCUUCAAUGCAAAAACAGUGGUGUCCCGUUUUGUCUGUAAUAAAUGUAAAUAUCUUUGAUCUGCACAUAGCCCUUAUUGCUCUUUGUUUCCAAUUACCCAUUUGAUACAGUUUAUGCAGCAUACAAGUUUAUUUUUGA